GCAUGAAAAGGAUGGUAUAGAGAGAGAGGAGUGAAACACACCCUUGGGUAUAAAAGUUAGCGUUUACAUUUUGGAUAGUUCAACUUUCACCUCCCACUGGGUGGAGUAGAGGCUUAAAAGACAAACAGGAAUGUAGUUGCUGGCAGUGUUGAGCUGCAGACUGGUGUGUCUCAUACUGUCCUAACUGAACAAACGCCGAUCAAAGGAAAAACAAGCUGUGGGACUGCACAUCUGCUGCCUCUGGAGCUAUUUAGCAGUUACACAGUAACCACAGCAGUUCUCUUUUAGUGAGCAGGAGCUGAGACACCAGCACCAAACAUGGAAGAAGAUACAAUUCAAGUAGAGAAGCACAGCGAGGAGUUCCAGAAAAGUGGGGACCAUGAAAGCCAGGAGUUGGUGGUACCUAGCCACAGCCCUGUAGAUUCCCCAAGCUCUAGUCCCACUCCUCAGCAGCAUGCUGUGGACUCCAUCAAGGACAGCAACCAGGUAAACGCCAUCACUGUCCUCACCCUACUGGACAAACUGGUAAACAUGUUGGAUUCAGUGCAGGAGAACCAGCAGAAGAUGGAGAAGAGGCAAAUUGACAUAGAAAACUCGGUCAAGGGAAUCCAGAAUGAUAUCACCAAGCUGUCUAAAAGUCACACCUCCACCAGCAACACUGUCAGCAAACUCCUGGAGAAGUCUCGUAAGGUCAGUGCCAACAUGAGAGAUGUCAAAGAUCGCAUGGACAAGCAGACGGUCCAGGUGAAGAAGCUGGAACAUAACCACACCCAACUUCUAAGGAGGAACAACUUUAAAGUUCUCAUCUUUCAGGAAGAAAAUGAAAUCCCUGCUAAUGUAUUUGUGAAGGAACCAACUCCCGUUCCAAGCAUAACUGAAGGAAUUGAGGAAUCUACAGACCCUAACAAACUGCAAGAGGAGACAAUGCACACAAUUGACCUGUCAUCAGAUGAUGAAAUCAUUCCUGGAGAAGACGCAAUUGAUGAUAGUAUUGAGGAUAAAUUUGAAAAAACUAGAGCUGAAAAAAUAAAGCGCUCAAGCCUCAAAAAGGUAGACAGCCUGAAAAAAGCAUUUUCACGUCAAAAUAUUGAAAAGAAAAUGAACAAGAUUGGCACCAAGAUUGUGUCACCAGAAAGAAGGGAAAAAAUCAAGAAGUCAUUCACACCUUCUUCAAAGGGUUCAUCAUUCAAAGUUGUGCCGAUUACUUUUAAUGUGAAGAAAAAACAUGAUGAGGAGACUCCUGCAGAGAGUGAGGAAAAACAUGCUGAAGAUGAGUCAGAGCAAGACAAGAAUGAAUGUGAUGUGAAUGUGUCAAAUGAUCAAACAUCUGAAGUGACAUCUCCACAUGAAGUUGUAAAAGCAGUGGUUGAUUCAGCAGAGAAAGAGAAAAAGGCAGACGAAACCCCAAUAGUGAACAACAAUAUUGAGCUGUCUAUUGUUGAAGAUGAAGAAGAAAAUGAACUGGACUUUGAGAGUGAAAAUCCAUUCAGUCCUGAGUAUAAACCAACUCCUGAAGACAUAGAAGAAUCCUAUGAAGAACCUACCCAGUCAACCGCUCUUCAAAUAGACCAAAGUGCCUAAGUGUUUUCAUCAGUUCUCAUGUAUCUAACAGAAGACAGUAACUUACAUUAGGAUGUUCUUUUGUUGAAAUAUAGGUGGUUUGCAUGUUAAAUUGGAGACCAAUGGCAGCAAAAUUAGUUGGGAACAGUAUCUUUAGACGAGGGACCUUAUUAGUUAUUUGAUAACUAUUACUAGUCCAUUAACAGGCUGAGUGUAACAUAAUCCAAAUAUGUAUGUCUCAUUCCACUACAACAUUGAGAACAUGUAUGUAAAUGAUAAAGUCAGACCUACUAAAUUUAUAGUACAUUUGUGUGAUAGCUGCAUUUCUCAUAUAAUGGUCUAUGUUACUAUUUGCACUGUGGCUUUACUUUUUCACAUUUACAAUGAAAAACCAAGCAAAAAUACAUAAAAAAAAAAAAGAAAAAUAUUAAACAUCAAACUUUCUACAAGAUGUCUUCCAAUCUAAGUAUAUAACCUGGUCUUUAUUCGAAGUCAGUGUGCACAUGAUCAGCCAUAUUGCCGUGAGUGACAUUAAUUCAUCACAAAAAAGUUCGACCAUUUGUCAAAAGAACAAGACACUUAUACCUUUAUAGAUAUCUCAGAGAAAAUACUCUGACCUUAAGUUAGUAACUUAAGUGGUUCACACUUACAAAUAAGAUUGGGAUUAUUAAAAAUCUUCCUUUGCCAAUUAAAAUAUUCAUUGUCCUAAUACAUGGAUUUUUACUUUAGCCAAUAGAUGUAGAGAAUACAUAACCCAUAGAACUCCUGUCUUUUUAAUGAAAUAUUUUUUUCUAACAGAAUAAAGUAAUAUGAUAGUUCUUACAUAUUAAAGAAUAAAUUAUAUAUACAUAUAUAUAUUUAUAUAUGACUUUAUCUUUUUACCUUUCUCACAAAAAGCAUAAUUAUUAAACUGAACAUGUUUUUAAUGUGAUUAUUUUCUGAUCUGGCAUUAACAAAUAUAAAGCCUAAUAUAGUGUGCCCUAAUGACUUAGAUAUAAGAUAGUUCUCCCUUGCAAUUUCACUGCUUUGAAUUAAAAAUAUUUUAAAGACACAUUAGAAUUUAUAUACAUAAAUGUAUAUUGUAUUGCAGGUUUUAUAGUCACUUGUUACUACUGUAGGUUUUGAAUGUUGAAAACUCUAGCUUUAGCAUGUCAUAAAGAAAUUAUAAUGUGUGGGGGAUUGGUAUAGAAUGGUUUUACUUCAUGUUUGGUUUGUUAAGAGAUGUUAUAUUGAAAAUGUAUGUUAAGUGGUUUGAUUGGCUUAAAGGAACACUCCAAGCACCAUAAGCCUUACAUGACACUGUAGUUUUUAUGGUGCAAGGAGUGUUUUGUAUGUAAUCAAGCCAUGUGUUAAUUGUUUGAGAACUUACCUGUGGUCUGCAAGGUAUUGUUCACAUCCUCCUUUGAGACCUGAAAGCUCUUGCAGGAAUAAUUACUAUUGUGAGCUGUAGUGGUGGUUAUGGUAAUUUGAGUGUUCCUUUUCUUUUUGGUCUUCAUUGGACAAUGGAGAGUCCUUUUAUUUCAAAAUAAUGAGUUUUUGUAUGUCAGAAGAAUAUUGUAUUAUUUGUAUUUUAUUGUAUAUGUGUCCUGUAUUUAAUGGAAUUUAUGGUAGCCCUACAGUAGAGAUGGUAAAAAUGUUUGCUUCAUCAUCAAAUGUCUCCUGAAUGAGUCUUUGCAACAAAUUAAAUUACCAAUAUUUAAUUGGAAAAAA